ACAGACAGAGAGAGAGAGCGGUUACUGAGGAGCACAUUUUCAUCCAAACCUCUGUUUUUUCCCAGAGCAUAUCUCUGCUCCGCGGCUGAGCUCAGCUCCCUAUUGUUUAAACUGGGAGGGGGAAAAACAACAUUCCGCUUGCUCUGUAAUCGCAGCCUGUGAGUCGUUUUUGUGAUCUGAUGUUCGAUUUUCGUCGGUCUCAAUGCUGCAUUCACUGUCAACUUCUCCGAUUUCAACACUUAGACUUGAGCUGCAUCAUGAAUAGUUUGGGGGCACCUUUCAAUCACAUAUCUCUGGAAUGGUGGGGAUUACACAGCCGAAACCCGGAGAGCAUGUAAACACAGAUGGAGUUUGGGAUUUAUUGCAAAAUAAGAGAAAGAUGACCGUCUUCUCAUUGUGCUUGCUCUUGUGCGCAGAUCUGCUGGAUUUAGCCGUCGGAUAUUUGACAGUUACCAUAGAGCCCCUGCCUCCUGUUGUUGUGGGAGAGACUGUUACUCUCAAGUGUAACUUCAAAACUGACGGAAGGCUUCGAGAGAUAGUUUGGUACAGGGUCACAGAUGGAGGUACCAUCAAGCAGAAAAUCUUCACCUAUGAUGCUAUGUUUAAUACCAAUUACUCUCACAUGGAGGACUACCGCAGACGUGAGGACCUUGUGUACCAGUCAACCGUCAGGCUCCCAGAGGUACGGAUCUCAGACAAUGGCCCUUACGAAUGCCACGUGGGCAUCUAUGACCGGGCAACGAGGGAGAAGGUUGUCCUGGCUUCAGGGAACGUAUUUCUUACUGUUAUGUCUCCUCCAAACAACAUAUCAGUGUUGGCAGAGAACACUCCAGCCCCAUUCAGUCGAUAUCAAGCCCAGAAUUUCACUCUCGUCUGCACUGCAAAGGGGGGGAAGCCAGCCCCGUCGGUGUACUUCAAGCGUGAUGGCGAGCUGAUAGAGGUGAUCUCCUACACUCAACCCUCCGCUAACGAGCAGGGUGGUGGCUCAGCUGGGGUCAGAGGAGCCAGGCCACUCAUCAGCAGGGACCUCGAUGACACUAAGCUCCAGCGGUCCCUCUCCCUUCUGGACCCUGAGGGGCGGUCUGCCCGUCUGUACACUGAGAGCCCCCAGCGCGUCCACACACAGGGCCAGCAGGGCUAUGAGCCCAGCCCUGCUACAGAGGUCAUCCCAGAGACUGUAGUGAGCCGUGAGUUUCCCCGCUGGGUGCACAGCACAGACCCUCUCUACUACUUCAGUCAUACUCACAUCCCUCAGAGUGAUGGCUCUGUGGUGGUGCAGGCCCGACUCACCUGGACCCUCAACCCUCAGCUGGAUAAUGACGCCCUGUUCAGUUGUGAAGUCAAGCACCCAGCACUGUCCAUGCCCAUGCAGACAGAGGUUACUCUGGCUGCUCCUAAGGGUCCUAAACUCCAGAUGUCCCCCAGCAGGGCGAAGGUAGGGGACACGGUGCGCAUCACAGUUCAAGGUUUCCAGGUAGGAUCACCUGGGAAUGAGGUGUUCCCCGAGCCUCUCUUCACCUGGACGCGGGUCGGGGGCCGCCUGUUGGAUGGCAGCAGUGAGCGAGAGGGGAAGGAUCUGAUACUAGAGAGAGUGCCAGCCGAGCUCAAUGGCUCCAUGUAUCGCUGCACAGCCCAGAAUCCUCUGGGCUCCACAGACACUCACACUCGCCUCAUAGUCUUUGAAAACCCAAGCAUGAUGAAAAACACACAGAAUCAGAACAAUGGAGCCUCCCGCGCAGGUGUGCUUGGACUAACGUGGACGGCACUUGUCCUCACAGUGACCAUGGAACUGACAUGAAACCUCUCAUCCGAGACCGUUGCACAGAAACACACACAUACUUGCCCUUCUUACGCCACACACACACAGAAACACACACACACACACACACACACUUUCCACAGUCUUGCAAGCCUUCUCCAGUCAUCAACAGACCCUCCAUGCGUCAGUUGAUCAGGACCACAGGAUGGCGCUCCACUGUUUUUCAACCUAAAUAAUAACCAAGAUAAUGAUAUCAAAAGAACAACAUGAUGAACGUGACGAUUACCACCCCCUAUAUAGCCCCGCCCAGUUGCACCUUUUUUGUUUUGUUUUUUUCCCCUUGUCUGCCAGUUGGUCAACAAAAUCUCAUGAUUUGAAAUAUAAAAGAAAAAAGCAUUUGGAUUUUGUUUCGAUGAGUCAAAAUGUCAUCGGUGUUGACUGAAAUGUGAAAAGUGGAACUGGCUUAGGCUGUGCCACCAUAUCAGCCACAUCUGUCUGUCACAUGUCCUGGGAUGCAUCUGAAUGACAACAAGCUGAUAAACCACAGGGGAACAAACACAGAUGCUCCAAGAGAACAUUCUCUUUUUAUUAAUAUCCAAGUAUUCCUUUUUUUCUGAUGGCUCGGAAUGUACAAGAGGAUUUAAAUGCAUUGCGAAACUAGAAAAAAAAAUCUCCUUUUUGAGUGUAUUUUGUGUACAUCAGUGUAAAUAUUGAAAAUAAUUAAAGAAGUUAUAUGGGUUCUGGGGAGGGAUGGUUGCUGAGAUAUUUGGAGUUUACCCUUCUCCACCUUUGUUUGUACUUCGUUUGACACUGUUUUCAGAGAUCAUAUUUUGGCUGAGAGGACAGAAACAUUAACAGCCUUUCUGUUUCUCAUU